AUGGAUGCCCUAGCCAAUCUCACUCCAGAGUCCAAGGUCGACUCGAAUUCGCCCAGUUCGGCGGGACCGGGACACAAGGCGACAUACAAACUCUCUUGUUCACUAUGUCGGUCCAGGAAAAUCAAAUGCGACCGCGUCUAUCCGUGCUGUCACUGCGUUCGCUCCGGGUCAGAAUGCGUCUUCCCACAGCGCAAGCGGAUGAACCGCCCGCGCAAGACCAAGAACUCGGAGCUGCUCAACCGCAUAAGCCGGCUAGAGUCGAUCGUGGGAAACGUCAACAUGGAGACCCUCAGAGAUAUGGACAUGUCUGACCUGCAAGUCUUGACCGAGUUGAAGGCGCAGGUCGUUGCAAAUGAGAAACCUCCGGCACAACCUCCCAGCUCAGAGGCAAGCACGGCGCCCAAGCCUGUUCCUCCCGAUACCCAAACAGAGAAAAAUCAAGGGCCUAAAGCAGCUAUCCAUCCUUCGCAAUACAUCAGUGGUGAUUUUUGGAGCAAUCUUGUUGGCGAAGUAGAGGGGCUCAAGCAGGCUCUGGCACAAGACACGGACUCGGAGACUGACGACGAAUCGGUUUUUGCCAGUCCAGAGGCCGUGGCAGCAUCGAAAAGGCAGACAUUUGCCACUCAAGGCUUGUUGGCGGGAUACCCAUCACCAGACUCUGCCGGGCCGCUUCUUCAUCCCCCGGCAUUUCAAAUACAGUACUUGCUCGACAUGUUCUUCGACAGAGUGGAUCCCAUUGUGAAAAUACUGCACCGUCCAACAAUUCUGAAAAUGGUGGCAAGGGGAACAUCGAAACUCUCCUCGGGACAAGAAUCUCUCUUAUUUUCUAUAUAUUUUUCUGCCAUUACCAGCCUGAGCGCCGAGGAGUGCAUGUCACAUUUUGGUCAGGAGCAGCUUUCGCUGUUUAAGCACUAUCAGAUCGAGGUUGAACGAGCACUGGCUGCCGCAGACUAUUUGAGUAACAAUGAGCUGGAAUGUCUGCAAUCACUAUUGCUGUACGUUGCUUGCUUGCGAGUACACAAUGAAAGUCGCGCCUCUUGGGUGCUGACCGCCAUACUCCUGCGUCUGGCGCAAGCCUAUAAUCUUAUCCAGGACGGUGACGGCUCCCAUCACACAUUUUUUGAUGCCGAGUUACGGCGGCGUCUAUGGUGGCAAGUUGUGGUGCUUGACAUACGUGCCUCGGAGGACAGAGGCACAGAAGCCAUGAUCGAUCCAGAUAGUUACAAUACCCACCUGCCGCUGAAUAUCAACGACGAAGAUUUCGGACCCGACACCGCUGUGGCCCCGCCAGAGCGUCAAGGACCAACCGAUGUCACCUUUUCUCUCUGCACCGCACAAUCGUCGUCCAUCUUUCUCUGGGUUGGGCACGCGCAAACUCGGGUUACCUCGCCAACACGAAAUCAAAGCGAAGACGAGAUCAUUGCCAAAGCUCAAGCCCUGGAGCAGAGAUUCAUUACAAACCAUGACCCGAACCACUUCCAGUCCAAACUAGCUGCAGGUCUAGUACGCAUGAUCAACCUCAAGUUGUGGCUCAUGAUGCAAUACCCGCUGCACACGCGUACAAACUCGUCAAUCCCCGCUCCACGAUGGCCAAAAGUCAGCCGCGAGGCUAUUUUGCAGACGGCCGUCAGCGUCAUGGAGCUCCACGAGCACAAGCACAAUUCCUCAAAAGAGGGCCUGCGGUUCAAGUGGUGGGGUUCGACCUACGUCCAGUGGCAUCCACUGGCGGUGGCCCUGGCCGAGCUUUGCGCCCAGACGCGAGGACCGCUGGUCGAACGCGCCUGGAAGAUUGUGCAGAUCGUGUACCCCAAGUGGGCGUUGGUGGUUGCUGACAGUAAGAGAGGUGCGCUCUGGAGGCCCAUACGAAAGCUGUACAAGAAAGCCAAAAGCGCACGAGCGGCCGCAGAAAGAGAAGACGAAAAAGAACAGGUGGAAGCCUUUCAGAGGCUGGAGUACUUGGCCAGUGACGGAGUGGGCUUACCCAUUGCCCAUAAUGCCACUAUUUCUGUUCCAGCGCCACAAAUAUUAGAGCAGCAGCAGCAGCAGCAGCAACAACAACAAGCCGCACCCAACACGAUCAUCGAGCCUAGUAUUGAUGGCAUGAACAUAGACACGAGCUACGUCCCCACGGUGGCAGCAGCAGCAGCAUCAUCAUCAGGCGACGGACUACCCAAUCUGGAAAUCCCACCGUCGGAACCUCUUCCCUUCUUUACCGAGAGGCUGACCGGCUGGCCGGAGGGUAUCAAUUUUGACAUGCCCAUGGGUAACACGGUUGAUCCGCUGAAUUGGGACGUCUGGAACGAUUUCAUCGACGACACCAACGCGGAUGCCGGAUCGAGAACGGGGUCAAGUGAGGGUGGACUCUGA